UUACCAUUAAUUCUGUCACGUCGUGACCUACCUCAUUUUUGAGGCCUACAGCUCGUACAUGACGUGCAGUCUGCUCGCUCGAGCAACGACAACCUCAAGUAGAGCAUGCUUUCGUUCACAACCCUUUCAUAGCCAAAGUCAUGGGUUUGCGACAUUCAGAGGAAAACGCGCAGGCAUUUUGAUUCCUCGUGUUUGUUUACGGAAGUAUGAAUCUACUGCAACAGCGGCGGCAGCUGUUCCUUCUGUCGCUCUGCAAGAAAAUAUUGCAAAUGCUCCGGCACCCACAGGUAUCCCGGCGGGUAACCUUUCUCUUGAACAACCAUCAUGGGAAUCUAUGAAGGGGACGAUAUCCAAUCCGACACUCCGUGCUAUUAUUGAGAAUCCUUACCGGUUCAAAACGAUGACCCCCGUCCAAGCUGCAGUUGCAAAGCUUCUUCCAGAGCUUGCACUACCUCCUGAAUCAACAUCUAACGACGUCCCAACACGCCCACGAGAUCUUUUGGUCAAGGCAAAAACUGGUACCGGGAAGACCUUUGCGUUCCUAAUUCCAGCUAUCGAGGCUCGCGUUAAUGCCAUCCAUGCUUGGGGUAAGCAGGCGGUUCGCGAUGCAGGCCUUGUUUCAGACAAGCAUCUGGAGGCGCAAUCCAGGAGACAAUUUGCCAAGGAACAUGUCGGUACCCUUAUCAUCAGCCCCACCCGAGAACUCGCUACGCAGAUUGCCAACACUGCUGUCAAGUUAACUAAUCAUCACAAUGAUUUUGAGGUUAGACUAUUCUACGGAGGAGCAAGCAAGCGAAUGCAGAUGCGCGACUUCAUGAAAGGGCGGAGGGAUGUUGUUGUAGCUACCCCCGGGCGACUUCGUGAUUUGCUGCAGUCGGAGCCUGAGGUAGCGAAAGGUAUCAGCAAAUGUAAAAUGGUAAUAUUCGAUGAAGCAGACAUGCUUCUCGAUAUGGGCUUCCGGGAUGACAUUGAUGCGAUUAUGAGUUAUUUGCCACCUAAAUCUGAGAGGCAGACAUUCCUCUUUUCAGCAACACUAUCUCGGACCGUUCGCCAGGUCGCACAGGCAGUUCUUGAUCAGGACCAUAAAUUCAUUGACGUAGUUCCUGAAAGCGAAUCCCCAGUUCAUGCACACGUCCCCCAAUAUCACACCGUCCUCCCCAGUCCAUCUCAACAGAUCCCCCACUUUCUUCGUCUCCUCGCACAUGACCAACUUACAAACCCAGGCAAGAGCAAAGUCUUAUUAUUCCUCCCCACGACACGCAUGACGCAGCUUUUCGCGACACUCGCUCGUGAGAUUUCAAAAGCAGUGCUGCCUGCUGGCGCGUACACCAAGGUGUACGAAAUUCACUCUAAGCGCACACAGGACUCACGCAUAGCCGCCUCUGAUGCUUUCCGCGCUGACAACUCUGGAGCAUCGAUUCUUGUCACUUCUGACGUCUCUGCACGAGGUGUGGACUAUCCAGGGGUGACACGGGUCAUUCAGCUCGGUAUCCCCGCUACCACGGAACAAUACAUUCACCGUGUCGGUCGUACUGGCCGCCAGGGCUCUACAGUUGGACGUGGAGAUCUAGUUCUUCUUCCUUGGGAGAUCGGUUUUUUGAGCUGCCAGCUCAAUGAAGUCCCGCUAAAGCCAGUCACCUCAGAUGAGCUCGCCCGCCAGGUCCAGGACCUCGCAGCUCACUACGACGCUGAUCCUCAAGCGGUAUUCAAGGGUGUACCAAUUAAACCACAUGACGCCAGGGGUCGACCAGUGCGGGGUGCACCUAGGAUGUACGACGCGCCGCUUUCACCACGCCUUUGCUCGGAAGAAAUGAACAACAGCAUCACGGCGCUACUACAAUACAUCGACGAAGAAGCCAUCAAGGAGACUUUUGCUUCCCUCCUUGGCUAUUAUAUCCCCAAGUCACCUGAGUUGCGAGUUCAGAAGGCCAAUAUUCUGGCUGGAUGUAGAAGUUGGGCGACGGAAGCAUGCGGCUUACCUACGCCUCCGUAUGUCAGCGACGGCUUCCUGCAGAAGAUGGGCCUUAACGACGGACGCACGAAGCAUUUCGGAAAAUCGUACCGGGACCCUAGGCCUUCUGCCAGACCUACAAAUUCAUGGGAAAUAAGGGGCAGGCAGAACAACCGGUCCUUCGAGAACCCCAGAGGAAACUUCCGUCGGGACAGGCAGGUGGAUGAUAAUGACCCUUCUGGCAACGUCGACGAGUAUCGAGGUGCGCGUUAUGGAAGGGAGAAGUCCAGGCCACAGAGAGAGUGGGUGCAUCCCGGUGAUCCUUCUGGUAAUACCGAAGAGUACCGUGGUUCACGCUAUGGCAGGGAGACCAGACCACAGAGAGAAUGGUCGCAUGAUGCUCCGCGCCGCGAGUACAGAUCACGCGGGUUUGGUAAUUAGUGAAGGAUCGAUCAAUAUUAAUGUAGACCGCAUACAAUGCACCACUCGACGUUCGUUAUUAACCUACAAUCCCCUUACUAAUGUCAUCCAUAGAGCAUUCAAAACUGCAUUUGAUUCACCAUGUUA